AUGAGAGGUGGUGUUUCUGACGAUAUGACUUCAACUUGCGUUCAAGGAGGAAUUAGACCAAUUGGACGGUAUCAACCAAACAUGAUUAUGGAACCAUCGUCUCCUCAAUCUGCCUGGCAGUUUCAUCAAGCCAUGCCGAAGCGAGAACCCGUCGAUCAUGAUGGUAGGAACGACUCCGGCUUAGCAUCAGGAGGUGAAUUUGUUUCAUCUUCGCCAGGAAGCGACAAUAGUGAACAUUUCAACGCUUCAUAUUCACCUCCAACCAGUUGCCAUACAGUAAUUUCUACAUCCAAUACUUUUUAUCCCACCAGUUUAAGAAGGCCUUCACAAACGCAGACAAGUCUUCCAACGCACAUGAUGUACACCGGCGAUCACAACCCGUUAACUCCUCCGAAUUCGGAACCUAUGAUUUCCCCCAAAAGUGCGUUAUCAAGAAACAACGAAGGUGAACAUCAAACUACUCUGACACCUUGUACGUCUCCUGGUGAUGCUUCUGUUGAUGUAACAGAUAGCGGUAAUUGCGACAGUGCUUUAAAGAAAUUACAAGCGACUUUUGAGAAAAAUGCUUUUAGUGAGUGUUCUGGGGAUGACGAUACCAAAUCUGACGGAGAGCCAGAAGAAUACGACGAGCAAGGACUAAGAGUUCCAAAAGUUAAUUCUCAUGGAAAAAUUAAAACUUUCAAAUGUAAGCAAUGUGAUUUUGUGGCCAUUACAAAACUAGUCUUCUGGGAACAUACAAAAUUACAUAUUAAAGCCGACAAACUCCUUAAAUGCCCCAAGUGUCCUUUCGUCACCGAAUAUAAGCACCAUUUAGAGUAUCACCUUAGAAAUCAUUAUGGUUCAAAACCAUUUAAAUGUAACCAGUGUAGUUACUCCUGUGUAAACAAAUCAAUGCUUAAUUCACACUUAAAAUCUCACUCCAAUAUUUACCAAUACCGAUGUUCUGACUGCAGUUAUGCCACAAAAUAUUGCCAUUCACUAAAAUUGCAUCUUAGAAAAUACUCACACAAACCUGCUAUGGUACUAAACCCAGAUGGAACCCCAAAUCCGUUGCCCAUAAUUGAUGUUUAUGGUACAAGGAGAGGACCAAAAAUGAAGUCAGAACAAAAAUCAUCCGAGGAAAUUUCUCCGAAACCCGAACAAGUUCUGCCAUUCCCAUUUAACCAGUUUCUACCCCAUAUGCAGUUACCAUUCCCAGGAUUUCCCUUAUUUGGAGGUUUUACGGGUGCCAUUCCAAAUCCUUUGUUAUUGCAAAACUUAGAAAAACUAGCCAGAGAAAGGCGUGAGUCAAUGAACUCUUCAGAACGUUAUUCCCCCGAACAAUCAGAACAAAUGGAUACCGAGGGCGACGCAGGUGUUCUUGAUCUCAGUAAACCAGAUGACUCUUCCCAGACAAAUCGACGAAAAGAUUCGGCGUACAAACUUUCAACUGGUGAUAAUUCUUCGGAAGAAGAAGACGACGAGGCAACUACAACAAUGUUCGGUAAUGUUGAAGUUGUAGAAAAUAAAGAACCAGAAGAUACUUCAUCUGGGAAACAGACACCAGUUAGUGCUAAAAAGGAUGAGUACUCGUGUCAAUACUGUCAAAUAAAUUUCGGUGACCCGAUUUUAUAUACUAUGCAUAUGGGUUACCACGGAUAUAAGAAUCCAUUUAUUUGCAACAUGUGUGGAGAGGAAUGUAAUGAUAAAGUGUCUUUCUUUUUGCACAUUGCACGAAAUCCUCAUUCUUAGAAAUAUAGAUAAGACUGAAUUCAAGGUUUGCAUUUUUAAGUAUCUUCACACUGAAGCUUUGUUAAUAUCCAAUGUUUGGUUGUGUAACAUUUACGCACAUCUAGGGUUUUUAUUUAUGAUUUUUUAAAAUGUACUUGUUCUAAUGUAUGGUAUGUAAUCACCAGAAUAAUAUUUUUUACCUAAUCAAAUUAAAAUACGCUAUGAAUUAUUAGUUUCGUCUGCUGAAUAAGAAUUAGAUGUUAUCAUAGAAUACAAUAAUUUCAUUUUUGGGGAUUCCAUUCUCCAUAUAUCAUGAUUCAUCAAUUUUCUUCAUUUACUAUUGUAAAUUAUUCCUGCUAUGAAUAUUAUUUUCAUAUGCAGCUGAUCUCCGCUGUAAGAUUUUUAUAUCAAGCAUUUCCUUUAAUAAUUUCACUUUAAACUAAAGUUAAGACCGUUUAAAGAGUGGAGUUGCAUCAUUUACUUCUUAUACUUGGGUUAAUCUUCAACAUAUAUUGGAAACUACAAGCAAUACCUCGAAUAAUAUUAUAAAAUUUCACCUGAACUAUGAAAAAACAAGACUCAUGGUCCAGGUGGGAUCGACCAUAAUGGACAUUUUCCAUAGGAGUCUAAUUUUUUUCUGGAAUCAUUUCGAGAUGUAUCUUAUAUCAAUAAUCACGAUAGGCGCCAAUCGCAAACAUUGUGCUUGUUUUUGCUUUUUAAAAGUUUCGUUUUUUAUUUUACAUAAUAUUUGAAUAGCUCCUUCUCAAUGUGCCUGCUCUAUCGGCACAUCUAUAUUUGCGUAAUAUGCAAAUAACAUAUUUUUUCCACUCUUUCUAACGGUGUAUCGCUGAUUAUAAUUUGAGCGUUUAUGUUGGUAUUCUUACUAAUGAUCAUUAUUUUUGUCUUCUUGCAAUUUAGUUUUAGGUCGAAUUUGUUGCAUGUUUCUAAAACGUUAUCCAUCAUCCUUUGGAGCUCCGUCGCACUAUCUGUGAGCAUCACUGUGUCGUCUAUAAAUUUGGGCAAUUUACAGCAAUCCCAUCUGAUUCAUUCAAUGCCUCUCUAAAGAGGUUUUCAAAGUAUAUGUUCAAUAAUGCCCGUAACAACAUACAACACUGUAUAACUUCCUUUUCGACUGUGAAGAUCUCAUUUUCUAGUCGCACUGUUGCUUUUUGUUGGAGAUAUAAGUUUGAGAUCAGUCUUAUAUCAUUACCAUCGAGUCCUGAUGUUUUAGGAUAUUGAUUAGUUUCCCAUGUGGGACUUUACCAAAUGCCUUCUCGAAAUCAAUGAAACAUGCAUACACAUCGCAGUUGACAUCCCUGGCUUUCUGUAUUAGAACUUGCAAACUAAAAAGUUCUUUCCUCGUUCCGAGUCCUGCUCUGAAUCCAAAUUGAACGUCACUCAUGUGUUCUUCUAAUUUGGUGUUUAUGCGCGAGUGAAUGAUAAUAGUAAGGAGUACGUAAAGUACAUGUCUCAUCAAACUAAUUAAUUUAUGUUCUUCACAUUUUCUAGUGUUGGCUUUUUUAGGAAGUGGUAUGAAUAUUGAUAGUAGCCAGUCUUUUGGUAAAUAUCCAGUCUCGUAGACGUUGUUGAAUAGCUUUGUAAGAGCUGUGAUUUGGUAUGCCUCUCACAUCUUUAAAAUUUCACCAUGCACCUCAUGAUUGCUGAUUUACUUGGUUAUUGGUGAUGAGUCCUGGUGAUUUACCAUCUUUAAUCCACCUAAUGGCCAUAGUUACUUCUUCGUUUGUUAAUUUUGGGCCGUAGGGAUUGUUUAUUUCAGUCGGACCUCGUGCUGCAUCUUCGAAUUUUUCUUGCAUAUAUUCUUUCCAUCUUCGUAAUUUAUCUUCAAUGGUAGUCAAAAUCUGACCUUCAAUGUUUACAACUAUGCCUGUAUUGCGUUGUUUUCUGGUGUUCUGUACUUCUUUAAUAUUUUUGUGUGUAUGGAAAUCGUCAUGUUUGCGUUGUAGUGUUUCAAUUUCCGUAAAUUUAUCUCCUUUAGUAUAGUCUUAUCAAACUUUUUUUAUUCGCUAGAAUGAAUUUACUUUGGAUAGCUAAAAAUUGAAAAUUUGACGUUUAAUGUUUAAAAAAUAGCAAUAAUUGGAAAAAAAGUGCAAAAAAGUUAUUUUUCCUUUACAUUUUUUUGACCAUUUAGACAACCGUUAUAUUUCGCCUACAAAAAUUGUAUAAUACGCCUGAAACGUGUGUUAAAUAUAUUUUUUAUUUUGCAAUCCAGUGUCUGCAAAAAAUUGGAAAUUUUCAAAUUUAUGCUGGGCCAAAAUAAGCACUAUAAAUAAUUAGCAAUAAAAGCACUUUAAAAAAUUAAAAUCGGUGUCCUAGGCGGGCCUAGGGAAUUUUUUAACAGUUUUUUAGAUGUAAACCAUUUUUUGAGUAUUUAAAGUGCUUAUUUUGGGCCCAGAAUAACUUUGACCAUUUGUAAACUAUUAAACCGAUCCUAACGAAAUUUAACACACGUUUCAUUUGUAUUAUAGACGUUUUUGUAGACUGAAUAUAAAGUCUAUAAGAUAUGUUCAAGGUAUCGAAAAAACAUAAAGGAAAAUUCCAUUUUUUGCACUGUUUUUCCCAAAUAUUGCUAUUUUUAAAACUGCAAAAAUGAAAUUUUUAAUUUAUAUCUCACCAAAUAUAUAUUAUGUAAAAUUGAAACUCAAAACUUUUGCCUUCUAAAAGCUUUUUUUGUACAAGCAGUAUCUCUCGAGUUAAAAAGGAAAAUAUGGGCACAAAAAGCAAAAAUUCUCGAUCAUUUUCCAGAUUUUGUUAAAUAAAAACUGAAGCACAUUUCCAACUGGUGCAUAUUGUGAUUAUUGAUACAAGGUACAUUCUGAAAUGAUUCUAGUAAAAAAUAGACUCCUAUGGUAAAUGUCCAAUUUAAAGCAGAUCCUUCCAGGACUAUGCUAAAUAGUUAGAUUGAAUAUAUAAGCUGGUCUAUAUAAUUCAUUUUAAAGCAUUGUAUGCUUUGUUUACAAUUAUAUCAAUUAUGGAAGAUUUCGAUAGGAAAAAAUUACUCAUUUUAUUAUGUGUUAUACUUCUAAAUAAUGCUGUAUUAUUGGGUUUUUGUUUUUAAUACGUGUUUGGUUUGUUGUUUAAAUGUAGAGUGUAUUUAUCCUGUGAUAUACAAUAACAGAAUAUUUAUAUAAUUGUUUCAUUUUGGCCAGACCAAAGACAGUUUUAUAUAAAGGCGGAAAGCAUCUAGGACAGAAUCAUACAAAUUAUUACCGUUCUUUCUGCCAUGUAAUUCUAUGCAUAUGGCAACUCUUGUUGAAUGGUUCCAUACUUCCGAUUAUAGAUAAACGAAAAGUGCUUAUCUUAUGUUAAGUAUUAAGCACUGUUUAUGUAGGCUAGACCUAUUCAAUUUUUUUCGUCGAUCUCUCUUUUUGCUGUUAAGAUUCUCACCUUUUUAUUAUUUCUAUUAAAGUGCCAUAUAAAUAUGCGAUAAUUAUUGGUGAUUGAACAUCAGGUCAAAUAUUUGAAUGAAAUAACAAUUUCUUUUUAGUUAUGUAAGUAUUUUUCAAAAAAAUAUGUAUAGUUUGAUGUAGGAAUAGACAAAAAAGAUUAUUUUUGGUGUGAAUAAAAAACAAAUUCUAGUGUAUUACCCCUGGUAAUAAUACUUUGUUGAAGAAUGCCAACCUUGAAUAAAUUGAUUAGCAUCUAGUCAACAGAUUUUUGUGUUUUACUUUUGUGCAAUUGUGCAAUUUAUUUCUAGUUUGAAUUUUCGGAAAUAUACGGGUAAAAGACUUUAAAACAAAGCAACAAAGUAGUGCCAUCUUGUAAAUUAUUUCUAUAUAUUAUUUGUAAAUUUUUUACACAGCUAAAAUUCCAAAUAUUAUUUGUGAGCUAUUUUAAGUUGAGUGUAAAUUUUUGUAUAUGAUUUUAGUUUUGUUCGAAUAUAGUUACCAUGCGAUAGCGCGAAAUAUAUUAUGUAUUUUGUAUAAACUUUGGGGCCAUAAUGAUUUAAGACUGAUAUGUAAAUAGUUUGUCUUUUUUAUUCUUAGUAUUAGCUAGAGCAACUGAUCAAAAAGUAUGUAUUAUAUAAUGUGGGUAUUAUAGAUUACCGUUUGAAACAAAUAAAUUAUGUUUUUGAUUG